CCUAGACUGUCUCACUCAGUGACGAAUUGCCAGAACUACCUCCGCAGCGCUGAACAGACGCUCAGCACUUCUUCAUGUCAGACUGAUGACACCAGACACACAAUGGCACUCUUACAUGUAACGGUAUAUUUAUUAUUGUCAUGCCUCAAUAGUUUGUUAGAGGCGAACUCAACGCAACCGAGGAUGACAAUCACAGAGAAAGGAACAUUUGUAGUGAAUGUGACACAGACCUCCUAUCAGGCAGAGGAGAACCACAACAUCACACUGGAGUGGACCUUCACAACCAACCCUCACAGUUCCUCCAACUCUCUUAAUAUCUUCUGUGAACUGUUAACUGCUCUCAAGAAUCCAGCCCUGUUUCUUCUCCAUGAAGGAGUUGAGGUCCCAGAGUCUCAGGAUGAACAGUUUGCAGGACGAGUCCAGUGGGACAAAGACGUCCUCAGAGAAGGACAACUCAGACUUCAUGUGUCCAGACUCAGGAUUGAAGACUCGGGACUGUACCUGUGUUUUGUGCUCACAAGUUAUGGGAGUAACUCUGGUAGAUAUUGGCUCAAUGUCACUGCAGUGAGGGAUCGGCCUGAACCUGAUCCACCAAACACAACAAGUCCACCACAACCAGAGAUUCGGGGAAGGAUCGGUCUCUACUGUGGACUGGGACUGACAGCAGCAGCUCUACUGACUGGUUGUUUCUUUGUUCAGACUAUUUCUGUUUAGAAAUCAAGAUUCCUACUCAGAGAAAAGUUACAGUUCUGCAGGUGGAUCAGUUUGAUCAACAACUAUAUUGAGACAAAACUGGUAGAAUCCAAUUAUAUACCACAUAGCCCCAGCAAAUACUAGUUCCCUAUUGUUUGUCAGGUUACAACUUUGAUGCUUCACACACACACAUCAGCAAAAUAAACAAACAAACUGAAAAGUGGAUUUAAACACAUCUUUCCUUUAUAUUCAUCAAUAAGUGACUGAUUGGCAAAAUAAUAAACCAGACCAUUGUUUCCUCCAUCAUUUUUGCCUGUAACUUGUUAGACAGAUCUGAAUAUUAAAAUACUCACCUCGUAUUCCAUACAGGCUACAGCUAAUAUGUGCAAUUUUUAAAACCUUUUUCUUUUAUAGCUUCUUCAUGAAAUCUUUCUGACCUUCUCCCAGACUUUUUUUUUAUCUUUAUCACCUGAAACACUAGUUAAGAGUUUUGUGUUGUGUAAUUGAAACUGUAACUUGUCUCCUGAAGUAAUUGCACAUUCCCUCAACAUCUUUUCACAUCAUGCACUAAACCAUUCAACCUUAUUUUCUUAUUGUUAACUGUAAUGAUGUUUGGUUCUGUUAUUGUUUCUUUUACAUGUAUUGGUCAUUUUUUAUGUUUGCACCAUCCCCCAAGGACUAUGAUCUUACUUAUCUUGCAAUAAAUCCUUUCCUGAUUCUGAA